AUGACACUCCUAGAUAUCGUCGUUGAGCCUGCACCGGGGCUCUCAUACUUUACCCCCGCUCAGAACCCCCCAGCGGGAACCGCCCAAGAUCCUCAAACAAGCGGCAAGCCUGUCCCAAAGCUCUUCCAGCCCCUUACCAUCCGGGGAGUAACAUUCCAGAACCGUUUGGGAUACUCGGCCCAAGAUGGACACAUGACUGACUACCAUAUUGCUCAUCUUGGUGGCAUCGCCCAACGCGGCCCUGGCAUGAUGAUGAUCGAAGCCACCUCGGUCUCGCCCGAAGGCCGCAUCACCCCACAGGAUGUUGGCUUGUGGAAGGACUCCCAGAUUGGGCCCAUGAAGCGCGUCAUCGAUUUUGUUCACAGCCAAAACAUCAAGAUUGGCGUUCAGAUUGCCCACGCCGGCCGCAAGGCGUCCACAGUUCCCCCUUGGCUCAUGAACCAGGGGGUUGUUGCGACUGCCAAGGUGGGAGGAUGGCCAGACGGCGUCAUCAGCCCCUCAGAUGUUGCCUUCAACGAGCAUUACUGCCAGGCAAAGGCCAUGAGUAAGGGGGAUAUCGAGCAGUUCAAGAAGAACUGGGUGGCUGCCGUCAAGAGGGCCAUGGCUGCCGGGGCGGAUUUCGUCGAGAUCCACAACGCCCACGGGUACUUGCUGAGCUCUUUCCUUAGCCCACAUGCGAACAGAAGAACCGACGGAUAUGGCGGCAGCUUUGAGAACCGCAUCAGACUCAGCCUGGAAAUUGCCAAGCUCACAAGAGAGGCAGUGGGCGAGAACACACCCGUCCUCCUCCGUGUCUCUGCUACCGACUGGGUCGAGGAGACUUUGCCCGAGGAGAGCUGGACAGCCGAGGACACGGUCAAGUUUGCCCAGGCCCUUGCUGCUCAGGGAUGCGUUGAUUUGAUCGACAUUUCUUCGGGUGGUGUCCACCCAGCUCAGAAGAUUGUAUCAGGCCCCGCAUUCCAGGCGCCAUUUGCCGUGGCCGUCAAGAAGGCCGUCGGCGACAAGAUGCUUGUGGCCACUGUUGGCUCCAUCACCAAUGGAAGACAGGCAAACAAGCUCUUAGAGGAGGAUGGACUUGACGUUGCGCUCGUUGGUCGCGGUUUCCAAAAGGACCCUGGUCUGACGUGGACUUUCGCCCAACAUGUCGACACAGAGAUCGCCAUGGCCAGUCAGAUUAGAUGGGGUUUCACCAAGCGUGGCGGGUCGGCCUAUAUUGAUCCAUCAGCAUACAAGCAGAGUAUCUUUGAGUAA